AUGUCCGCCCCAAGACAUGGCAUUGGCAAGAGAAAGCCAGAUGCAAUCAUUUCUAAGGAUGUCGAUCCUCAAAAGCGAGUCCGGAACCAGGCUCCACAAUCGCCAACAUCGGCCCUCAUAGCUCCGCACGAAGCCAUCCUCGCCGAGCUCAGAUCCAAGCACGAAGUCCUCGCUGUCUCCGUCAUUUCGUCCACCAAGAUCACCAAGCGCAUCACAUCCGUCCUCCAUCACCUUCUCGAAGAAAGCGAACGACCGCGACUGGUAAUGCUGCACGCGCGGACCGCAGACGUCUGCAAGCUCAUCACGGUGGUGGAAAAAUGCAAAAAGGUCCUAGGCGAGGAGGGCAAGGCAUACUACCAAUACAAUCAACUGUUCGAUUUGCCGGAGAAGCCAAAGAAGCGAGACUUGGUCGAGGAAACGGUACUUGAAAAGGACGCGGAGGAAAGCGACGGUUCCGACAGCGACGACUUCGAGGUUAUGCACAGCCGGUUUGAAGAUGCCGUGCUGCCCCGUCCCUCGACACGCUCGGUCAAAUCCAUGCGGGUCUUUCUCUCGAUCGCGCCCAUAAUGGAGCUCAAGUCGAAAAAGGGAAUCACUAUCCAGUCUAGCGCGCAAAAACAGGCGUAA